AUGCCUGGGCUGAAGACUGUAUCUGGCAAACUGGAGAAGAGCAGCACCAGAAGCAAAGGCCGGCUUGUGUCCAGCUUGCUGCCCACCGGGACCAGCCCCCAUGUUGUGGUCAGCAGAUCUGCCCUCCAGCCAGCCCACAGCCUCUUUUUAUUUGGACAUCUGCCAAUCUUGUGGAGAAUGCUGAGGAAACAGGAGUUUAUGCAUGAUCUCUUCCUGCAGUGGGCAGAGAAAUAUGGACCUAUUGUACGGCUUAAUGCCUUUCACAGAGUCUCAGUAAUGAUUCUGAGUCCCGAAGGAGUGAAGGAGUUCUUGAUGUCACCACAGUACCCAAAGGAUCGGCUGGUGUACGGUCGUAUCUUCAACAUAUUUGGUGAGAGGUUUCUAGGGAAUGGCUUGGUAACUGUUUGCAACCAUGAGCAUUGGCACAAGCAGCGGAAGAUAAUGGAUCCAGCUUUCAGCCGAACCUACCUGAUUGGUCUGAUGGAAACUUUUAAUGAAAAAGCAGAGGAGCUGAUGGAGAAGCUAGAGGAAAAGGCAGAUGGAAAAGAAGAGUUUAGCAUGCUGACAAUGAUGAACCGGGUGACUAUGGAUAUCAUUGCAAAGGUAGCCUUUGGCUUGGAAUUAAAUGCACUGAGCGAUGACCAGACGCCUUUCCCACAUGCUGUGACCGUGGUUUUGGAGGGAAUGACCAAGAUGCGCGUCCCCUUCAUGCAGUACAUGCCAGGGAAACAGAAGCUGGUAAAGGAGGUCAAGGAGAGCGUGAGGCUGCUGCGGCGUGUGGGGAAGGAGUGCAUUGACCAGAGGAGAGAGGCCAUCCAGGAUGGGAAGGAAGCCACGCUGGAUAUUCUUACGCAGAUACUGAAAGGAGAUGCUUUGGAGGAAACUAGAGAUGAUGAAAACAUUCUGGAUAACUUUAUCACUUUCUUUGUUGCAGGUCAUGAAACCACUGCCAAUCAGUUGUCAUUCACAGUAAUGGCACUGGCUCAGCAUCCUGAAAUACUGGAAAGGCUUCAGGCUGAAGUGGAUGAAGUUCUUGGUGCCAAGAGAGACAUUGACUAUGAGGAUCUUGGCAAACUCACCUACUUAUCGCAGGUUUUGAAGGAAUCACUGCGGCUGUACCCACCCCUCCCAGGGACGAUACGCUGGAUGGAGAAGGAGCACGUCAUCGACGGCGUCAGAAUUCCUGCAAACACGACGCUUGUUUUCAGCACUUACAUAAUGGGAAGGAUGGAAAGGUAUUUCAAGGAUCCACUCACUUUCAAUCCAGACCGAUUUAGCAAAGAUGCGCCUAAGCCAUACUACUGCUAUUUUCCAUUCUCUCUGGGACCCCGAUCCUGCAUCGGGCAGGUGUUUGCACAGAUGGAGGCGAAAGUGGUGAUGGCAAAAUUGCUGCAGAGGUUUGAAUUCCAGCUGGUACCAGGGCAGAGUUUUAAACUCUUGGAUGCUGGAACCUUUAGGCCACUAGAUGGAGUAAUGUGUAAAUUAAAGCCAAGGAGCCUGGCAAGAGGCUGCCAGGCGUGACUACUCAGGGAGGGGAGCAUGACAUGGUAGUGGUAGCGGUUCUUCUGAUUUUGAAGAUCUUCACACUAACCAAAGGUUAGAUUUCGCAGGCCCCUUCAGAGGAUUACUAGACUGAAAUUUUUCCUAGCCUUCCUCAUCAUUUACUGAAGAAAACCUUAGGAGAGUCACUCUAGUGAGCAUCUUUGAUCUGGAAGCGUACCUGGAAUUGCAAAGCCUGUUAUUUUCCUGGGGACUAUUUGGUUCUGACCAGACUUGGAAAAGAACAUCCUUUCACUGGAGUAUCCCUGGAGCUCCACACAAACCUACACUCAAAUCCCAGCUGAUAGUUUCCACUAAGUUUACUUACGACACAACAUGGUCUAAGUAAGCCCUUGAUUGGGGAGUUUCCUACUUGCACAAUGAAAUCAGAAAAUUUAGUAGAACACAGGAUUUGGGCUGAACUUGGGAAGAGAAGUUUGGAGCUAUUCUCUUGGUCAAAGCAAUUUUCCCGUCCCUGCUCUAAAUGAGAAGAAUGAUUGAUAGGAGCAAUUUGAAACAAAAAUCAGAGACUGUGGCCACACUUUUCCCUGUUGCUUCUGCCUUAUUUUCCUUCAGUCUCUCCUACUUUUCUUCCAAUAUUAUUCAGAGUGGAAAUUCACAAUCCAUGCUGUAGAAAGGGGCUCUCCUGCUGCCUCCUACCCAUCCCCACAGCCUCUGCUCAUUCUCCUGAGACACUGUUCUUUUGGGGGGGUCUUGCUGGGUUUAUUUUAACGUGGAUCAUUUUCCCCAUCGGGCUCACCAUGAAGCUACACGAACGCUUGGACCAGACAGUCUAGUAGGUACAGCAGGGUGGGAGGUAAGUGCCUGGAACCAAAUGCUGCUUAAAAUGAUAUUGCCACUGAAGAAACGCAUCUGCAACUUGGGCCAGAGGCAGGAGAAGGUCCUGCACCCCCUUCUUCUGCAGAUGUGCCAAAAUUGCUCUCUGCGUGCAGGCUUGCAGCCUGGCUCUGCUAGGGAAAAAAUGAUCAUGUGAAAAUGGCACCUUCCAGAAAUACCUAAUAUGAGUUUGGGCCUCAUCUAUCAUGAAAUACAGGGAAUUCAAGACAUUUGGUGCUGCCACUGUUAUUUCUUACCUUUUUGAAUUAAAAGGGCAAGAGCACAGUCUGUACACUGUCAAGUUCCCAUGGUGGUUUCCACACCAGGAGAGUAACGUCCCAGAGCUUUCCCUGGCUCUGCUCCUGUUGUGCAGCGUCUAAUUCAGUGCAGCAGUGGGAUAGCAGGCCAGUAAGGUUGAUGCAGCUUUUGAUAACAUAAGCAAUGUUAUACAAUGUAUUAAUAUGACAUACCCAGAGGUACCAAUACUUGUAUUGGUAGGGAAGGUUUAGUCCAUCUGUUGGUAGACCAGCUCUUCAAUCCCUUGUGCUGGAGAUCUGCUUAUAUCCUCCUAGACAUUAAUAAAAUCUCAUUGGAAAAACUG